AUGGACUCCUGCCGCAGAGGUACAGAGGUGGCACCAUUCCUCAAGAGCCUGCGGCAGCUUCUGACCACGGAAGACCCAGCCGUGUUGCGAUGGACACCCGACGGCAAGGCCUUUGAGAUUCACGACAUGGCUGCCAUGAUGGACCACGUGCUGCCCAAGUACUUUAAACACAGCAAGUACACGAGUUUCCAGCGACAGCUCAACUAUUUCAACUUUCGCAAGUGGACAAAAUCCAAGGCACUCGUGUGCACUUUUUCCAACCCGUUCUUCCAGCGUGACCAGCCGGCGCUGGCUUGGCGGAUCGUACGCAAGAGACCUGAGAACCUUCGGAGCAGUAGCACUGCCGCCAAGACGAAGAAGGCAAUCGCCAUCAAGGUACCGUCGGGUGAUGCCAGCAGUCCCGGGUCGUUUCCGUCACCCACGGACGCCUUCUCGAUAGCAAACGAGCUGGCUCUCUUUAGUGAGGCCUCCUUUUACGAACCAUCGAUAGGCGGCCAGGACGAGCAAUCACUGGACUGGGUGGACGUGCUGUACUCAUCACUCCAGUCGCCGCUACUUAUAGACAAUGCCACGGGCUCCAUCCGCCGCGACUACCCGUUCGAGUGCGCCGAGUUGUGA